CGUACCAAUAUCUGCUAGAAAUCCUGCUCCUGAGCUCUUUCCACUUCGGGUCAGCCAUUGUAGAUGAUGUUCUUUUGAAUAAUUUAAGCAUUGGUUCGUGGAGAUGAUCAAUGUAGUAACAUUCCAUCUGAUGCUAUCUCAACGCUACCUCACCAAGCACGUGUGGGGUUCCGUGACCCCGCGAUGCCGAGGUAGCGUAAUUUAUAUACAAAGUUCCCAGAGAAUACAACUCCAAGGCGUUCUGAAUCGAUUAUCGUAUGCAAUUGGAGUACAUUUGUAUGCAAUCGUGAAUACAUUCCUGGGUAUCCUCUUUUGCAAUCUUCUUUUCGAGAUUUUGCGUCUUCGUCGAGCUUCAUCAUCGCGAAGUCGCGCUAAGAUCAUCUCUCGAACUUGCACGACUACUUGGUCAUUUGCAAGACUACCCUUACAGAUGCCUUCUCCAUUUCCAAUUCUCGUUGUUGUUCGAGACUAGGAGGGUGGGCUUCUAGAUAUUCUGGGGCAAGACGUCACUUGUUUCUC